UCGGACAAUGGGCGGGGCCGCGGCUUGUAGGCGGCGGCCAGCGGGUUAUUCCCUCCGCCGAGCGGCGAUAUGGGCCGCGGAGCUCGGGGCGUCCCCGGCCUCAUCUUCCUGUCCCUCCACGGGCUGUGGGUGGCCUGCGGCUCCGGCAGUGCUCCGCCCGUCAGGUCGUCCCCGAUUCCCGGCUGCCCGUGCUCCGAGCCCGGCCUUUGCCGCCCGUUGUCGGGAGCCAGCCAGCUGGAGGUUUUUGCCUUUGACGUUGGAGGACAAGAUUGGAAGCAUUAUGAUUGGUCCAAACUAACAACCAUCGCAAUAUUUGGAGCAUAUGACCCUGAGCUUUUGUGUCACGCACACGCAAAUGAGGUUCGAGUUGUUCUGAAAGGUGACGUAGCAAUAAAGGAUAUUAUAGAUCAGGUUAACAGAACAGCUUGGAUCCAUAGUAAAGUGCAGCUGGCAAAAAAACAAUUUCUGGAUGGAAUCAAUUUGGAUCUGGAAGAAGCUGUUGCAUAUCAAUCUGUGGAAUACUUUGCAUUAACUCAGCUUGUGAAGGAAACCACAGAAAUAUUCCACCAGGAAAUACCAGGGUCCCAGGUUACGUUUGAUGUGGCUUGGUCUCCGGAUUGCAUUGAUGGACGAUGCUAUGAUUACGUGGAAAUUGCAAACUCCUGUGACUUUUUAUUCGUCAUGUCCUAUGAUAUACAGAGCCAGAUAUGGGACGAUUGUGUUGCAAAGGCGAAUGCACCCUAUUACCAGACAGAAUCAGGUAUUAAUGGCUAUUUAAAGCUGGGUAUUGAUCCAAAGAAACUGGUGUUGGGAGUCCCAUGGUAUGGUUAUGAUUACCCUUGCAUCCAUAUGUCUGAGGCUGGUAGGUGUGAUUUGCAAAGUGUUCCUUUUCGCGGAGCCCCAUGCAGUGAUGCAGCUGGGACACAGAUCCCGUACAAGAAGAUAAUGCAACAAGUUGACAAAUCGAUUACGGGCAGGUUUUGGGACGAUGAUCAGAAAGCCCCAUAUUACAUCUACAUGGUGAAUAAGACGUACCACGAGGUCUGGUACGAUGAUCCGCAGAGCAUUUCAAAGAAGGCGUUGCUCUUGGUAAAGUUCAAUCUCCGGGGUAUAGGCAUGUGGAAUGCAAACCUCCUGGACUACAGCAAUACCACUACAGCCAAGAAGCAGACUGAAGAAAUGUGGACUGCUCUAUACCCUACCUGAAGAAUGUCCUGAGCUGGGCCCAUCUCACCGUCACCAGAGAGGAUAAUUUUCCUUUUGCAAGUAAUCUUAACAAAGAAGCUAGCUCAAACCUUAAAAAUGACUUCGACAUAUUAUCUAAUCAUCAAACUUCCAUUCAGGUACUAAUGCAGUUUGCAAUAAAGAUUUAAUAACUUGAAUCAUUUACAGAUGUGGCCAAUCUGCAUGACCUUAACCUCUCGUCACUCAUUCACAAUACAUUCAGGUGGGAGAUAUCCUGUUCUGACAUGCAUGUGUCCUGUCUUCUAUGUAUAUUAAUUCUUGCUAUCAUUAUUUUAUGAUUUUUUGCUUUAAAUUAUCAAUUGUAUUUUGGGUAAUUUGGAUAAUUAUCACAUCAUUGUUUCAUGGUCUUCCAUUGCCAAGACAACAACUCCUGAACUAUUGUUACAUUUUCCAGUGCUUUCUAUAAUCAGUUUGUUCCCUAACUCUGUUUUCUUUUCAUUGUCUACAAAUUAAUGCGAGUUUUUGUUUCACAAAAUAAAGUUGUUUCCAAAAUGUU